AUGAGUGCUGCUCAGAGUCAGUCAACACUGGAGUCCAAAUUGAAGGCCCUGCAGUGUCACUUCACCUGGGACAUCGACCCCAGCAGGUCCAAACUUUUCCGUUUUAGUGACAAGCUGGAGGACAUCGGCACCGAGGAGGGAAACAGCUGGCUGGGUCACAUUUACAACCUGCAGGGGUACAUUCACUACCAGCUGGGCUUCACUGAAGACGCCCAGCGUUUCUUCAGCAGGGCCACAGAGGCCUUCCGCCGGUUGAGAAACACCAUCUCAGAUGAAGGUCCCUGGUUGGUGGUGAACUACGGGAACCUGGCUUGGCUGCACCACCACCUGGGAGAACAAGCAGAGUGUCAGACUUACCUGUCAAAGGUCGACGCCCUGCUGAAAGAAUACCCAUCUCCAUCCCAGGACAAGCUCCAUUCAGAGAUCUACGCUGAAAAAGCCUGGACCCUGAUGAAAUUCGGCAAAGAUAAAAAGCCUCUGGUGGCAGAUUACUUCCAGAGAGCCAUCAGGAUGCAGCCGGACAUGGUGGAGUGGAACACCAGCCGUAUCAUAGCGUUAGUGAGUGCUCGUAAGUAUCGCAAAAUACCAGUGAAGGAAGGCAUCCUGGAGGAAAUAAGAAUGGCCAAGGAACACGAUCCAGAGAACUUGUACCUUGCUGUUCUUGACCUUGAGCAGCGUGCUAUGAAAGGAGAAAGAAUUGAAGAUGAAGCACGUGAGUUAUCCAGAAAGGUUUUGAGAAAUCCUGUCAGCAGCUACAGUGGGAUCAAAGCAUUAUUAUGGGUUUACAAUAAAUAUGUAUCUGUUGAUGAGGCUAUUGCUCUGGCAGAGGAGGCUCUGGAAAAACAUCCAGAUGAACGUUACCUGAAGACAUGUGCUGCACUCUGCUACGAAUGGAGGAUCGUUUUUCACAGCAACUGUCACCCAAAGCAAAGUACAAUAGACAGAGCAAUCAGUCUACAUAGAGAAGUGAUUUCUCUUUACCCUUAUUCAAGACUUCUGAAGAAAAUAUCCCUGGCAAAUAUAUACGCAAAGUCAAAUCACAGCCUGGCUGAAGCUGAGCAGAUUUACCAGGAACUGCUAGGAAUGGACCUGGAACCUGAAGAGAAACAGAUGCUUUACAACUACUACGCAAAACACUUAAACUUUGAUCGACGAGAUUACAACAGGUCGAUAGAAUAUCACAUGAAGGCAGCAGAGAUACCGCAACAUGGCUUCUUACGAAAGAACAGCGUCCGAGUUCUGGAGAAGAUUAAAGAAAGAAACAGAAGCCCAAUGUGUAGAGAAAUAGAGGAGUUCCUGGCCAAGCUGGAAGACUAG